UUACCGUUCAGCCAUGUUGGAUUGUCCUAUUCCCAGAAGUUAGAAAAACGUCUGCCCUUAGCUAAGAGUGCAGAUUCAUUUGCUUCCCUUGGGAAUACAACCAUGUAAAAGACAACCAUGGUCGGUCCAGUUAGCCACUUGAUCAAAAUUCAAUACUCCCAUUUAUGGCCCUAGCUAGCUACAUUUAGACAGUCACAGUCUACCAAGUGGUCCUCUGAUGGCCAUCACAGUCAGUCCCAUUAGAAUAUACUUUGUUUGUGUGUACUAUGUAUAGACGACUUUAGGAGAUGUUUGCAAUCGCUGCUGCUUGAUUGUUUCAGUACUCUGUGUAGAUUCAGCUUCCGUAAGAAUAAUCUUACUUACAUCAUCAAUGGAACCAACUCCAUAUCUUCGUUGUUUCAUUCUCCUCUUUUCUUCACUUUUUCUUAUCAUCUUGUUACGUUCUUGGUUUCCAUCAUACGGAGCAGAUUUUCAUCUCGACUGUUCUCAGUACUCUUCAUGGUGUACAACUUCCAAGAACAGAACUCAAUCCAAAUUUAAUGUUUCUUCUUCUUCCACAGCUGAAAAAAACACUACUAAGCUUAAACCCAUUGAUGAUCACUUUGCGGAUACCCCAAAACAUCCAUUAGAUCCACUCACUUUACAAGAAAUCAACAAAGUUCAAUCCAUUCUUACAAUUUACCCACCCUUUCUUACUCCAAAUUUUCCUUCUAUACACACUUUAUCACUUCACGAACCCGAAAAAUCUACUGUUUUGAAGUGGAAGAAAGGUGACAUCCUCCCCCAUAGACAAGCUCAAGUAAUUGCGUUCUUGAAUUCACAUUCUCAUGUUCUUGUAGUAGACUUGGACGAUGACAAGGUCACUAGUCACAGUAUCGACCCUGCGUCCGGGUACCCGAUGAUUUCCUGCGAAGAAACCACCAUUGCGACAAAUGUAGCACAAGCAAACGAAGAAUUCAGACGUAUUGUUGUUUCUAGAGGUGUUAAAUUGUCUGAUUUAGUUUGUUAUGCGUUGGCGACGGGUUGGUACGGUCCUAAUGAAGAAGGCAAAAGAGUCACCAAGGUGCAAUGUUAUUCGAAACAAGGUACCUCCAACUUUUUCAUGAGACCCAUUGAAGGCUUAACUGUGACGGUUGAUCUGGAGAAGAAAGAAGUUGUCAAAAUUUCUCAUACCGGAAAAGAUAUUCCGAUUGCACAAGCUAGAAACACAGAAUAUCAACAUUCAGCUCAGAAUAAGCUAACUUCAAACGUGAUACCAAUCAACCCCAUUUCCAUGAAACAACCUCUUGGACCUAGCUUUAGCAUUGACGGCCAUUUAGUGCGCUGGGCGAAUUGGGAGUUCCAUUUGAAUCCUGAUCCGCGAGCCGGGGUUAUAAUUUCGCAAGCUAAUGUUCGUGAUCCUGAUACUGGUAAGCUAAGGAGUGUUAUGUACAGAGGGUUUGCAUCUGAGCUCUUUGUGCCAUAUAUGGAUCCUAGUGAAGGCUGGUAUUUUAAGACGUAUAUGGAUGCUGGUGAAUACGGUAUGGGACUGACUGCUAUGUCGUUGGUGCCAUUAAACGACUGUCCGCAUAAUGCACAUUACAUGGAUGGUGUUUUCUCUGCAUCUGACGGGAAGCCGUUUGUGCAGUCGAAUAUGAUUUGUGUUUUUGAACGUUAUGCUGGUGAAAUUGGAUGGAGACACUCACAAACUGCAGAUUCUGGAAGUGGGAGACCAGAGAUACGAGAAUCGAGGCCGAAAGUAAGUUUAGUAGUUCGAACCGCAUCAACAGUAGGUAAUUACGAUUAUAUUAUCGACUGGGAAUUUCAAGCAGAUGGACUUGUUCGAGUGCAGGUAGGCCUAAGUGGAAUGUUGAUGGUGAAGGGAACUCAUUAUGAAACCGCUGAUCAAAUACCGGAAGAAGAUAAUAUGAGUGGUCCGUUUGUAUCUGAGCAUUUGAUCGGUGUCGUGCACGACCAUUUCAUAACGUUUCAUCUGGACAUGGAUAUUGACGCUCCAGAUAAUUCGUUUGUCAAAGUACAUUUGGUAAAGGAAGAACCUCCAGCAGGUGAAUCACCAAGAAAAAGUUAUUUGAAAACUAAGAAACAUAUUGCGAAAUCUGAAAAAGAGGCACAGAUCAAACUCAAACUUUAUGAUCCGUCGGAGUUUCAUGUCAUUAAUCCUUCCAGAAAGUCCAAAAUUGGGAACCCGUCCGGGUACAAGAUUGUACCUGCUGGUAAUGCAGCAAGUUUACUUAAUCAGAAUGAUCCUCCUCAGCAGCGUGGCGCCUUCACGAACAAUCAGAUUUGGGUUACGCCAUACAACCGGAGCGAGCAAUGGGCAGGUGGACUUCUAGUGUACCAGGGAAAAGGGGAAGAUACACUCGCCGUUUGGUCAGAGAGGGAUCGCCCGAUCGAGAACAAGGAUAUAGUAGUAUGGUAUACACUAGGCUUUCAUCAUGUACCUUGCCAAGAAGAUUUUCCAAUAAUGCCUACGGUUUCGUCGAGUUUUGCCUUGAAACCUGCAAAUUUCUUUAACAGCAAUCCCAUCCUUCAUGUUGCACCCACUGUUCCUAAUGAUAUUCCCACUUGUUCUGUUGCUUCUACAUCAACUUAACCACGGCAAUGCGCACACUCCUUCACCUAACUACAAGAUUAAUAUUAUCUUUCACAUUUUUUUGAAGUUUUUGUAUACUUAGGAGAUUUGGUAAGAGCAUAUUUACAAUGCAACAAAAUAGGGACUGUACACCAUUUAACAUCUAUUAUAUAUAAAACCAUAAAGAGCUUUGAUAACUUCCUGGCAAUCUCCCAUAAAACACACAUUUUGCAGCUUCAAAUCUUGUCAGUAGAAUUUUUGUUGCUCCCCCUUGCGUUGAAUCUAAAGCUGUAAUUCCGAAUUUCCAAUGAAUUGUAGCCUUCUAAAAGAAAAAGAGGCACCAAAAAAA